AUUUACAGCCGAAGUUGUUGCAGGUAAUUUUACAAAGCAAACCCGUCUGUGAAAUUCUCCCAAGUGGGUUUAUUCGGAGAAAAGUUCGUUGUCGUAAUUACUGAGUAAACUCAAAGAACCAUCGGUGAUGAAUGAUCUCGAUGUUAACUGUUCGUCAUAAUCAAAUACUUAGUAGGUUCUGUCAGCUUGAUAUUUGAGUUAGUACACGCACACUGAUGUUCUUCUCCUUUUCCUCAAUCUCUUUACUUAUUAGACCACAAAGAAACAGUGUUCAGUGUUUGGCCUAAACGACCUUUCCCUCAGACCAGUCAUUGUAGGAAUGUGAGCAAAGUCUGCUCUAGGGAUCUCACCUGCCCAGUAAGGGGAAUGUGAGUUAAAAGCUGGAUGCUUUACCUCAACUGCUUUUCUCUUGAACCGUUAUCUUCAUUUCCCUUAUUUGGAAACAUUAUCUUAGUUUUCACUUUUCGUGUUUUGGGCUUUUUUAGUAUUUUCGGUUUUUUCAUGGUUUCAUUCAUAAGGUGUGUUCUGGGUAUUUUGCACUGGAUUUUGUUCAGUUUCAGCUCAUAUACUCGCAUCCUCGUGUGAAAUUGUCCUUCAUUUGUUGGAUUGUUGGGAGAAAGCUUUGAUCUUUCUUGAUAAAAGUUUAUCUUUUAUUCAUCAAAGGUUGAUUUUUUUUUUAAAAGAAGAAAAAACGAAGUAUAGAAUAUUCCUUUUAUAAAGUUUGAGCAUGUUUAAGUCGCUUAUAUAGAGUAGGUACUUGUGAAUUUCUGGCUUCUCCAUUCAUGUUCUUUAGCUCAAUUCAUCGUAACUUUGAAGUGCUACCCCGGCUUAUGUUAUUACCUACCUUCAUUCGACCCAUUUUUGGAGUGUUGCGAACGCUAAUUGCUCUCCCCCCUUUUUCAAGCUUCGGAUUAGAAAAUUCAGCAAAAAAAAAAAAAAACAUUUGGUGCCCUCGAAGGUUUUAUUUGAAUGAAAUAGUAGAGCUACAACAUGAUUUUCCUUUCAUUUUGUGUAAUGGAUAUAUCUAGGCAAUUUACUUUCCAAGAUUAUUGUUUUUUUUUUUUUAUAUAAAUGAAGAAAGCAUCAACAUGUAGCUGAGUCACAGGAUCUUUUAACAAGUUCUAUAUAUUUUAUUACUCCCCUUUCUGGGUGCAAUUAUCUUGAAAUAGCAGUAAUUUGCAAACAUGGUGCUGGGGAAGAAUUCCCGAGGCGAGGGGACGAAGUUGUCAAACUACUGUUCAACGGUUUCUGUAGCUGUGUUCGUUGCAUUUUGUUUGGUUGGUGUAUGGAUUAUAAUGUCAACCAUUGUUCCAAUUCAGAAUCCAGUCAUUCAGGUAUCUGAGACCAUUAGUGAUGUAAAAGAUGUACAGAGUGAUUCCAAGCAAUUUGAAGAAAGAUCUGGUGAUAUACCAGAAGAAUCAACAGAGGGAGAUAGCCAGACUCUUAAACCUCAGAGCGAUAGCUUUGCAGAAAGCCAGAAUGAGCAAAAGGAAAUUGGAGAAGUGUCUGAUAAAAUGGCUAACGAAAACCAGGAGGUUGUUAGGGAGAGCUCAGAUGCAAAGAAUGAUUUUGAGAAGGAUCCCGGGAAUACUGCUGAGGAGAAUGAUCAGAUGAGGAAUGUCAAGCCGAGCACUGACGAGAAGGAGAAAGAAUCAGAUGGAACAUUAAAUUCUGACUCUGCAGAAACAGAAACUUUGAAUGGUGAAAUUCAUAAUGAUGAGCUCAGAGGAUCAAUGGAUACUUUAGAUGAAAAGGAAUCUGACAAGAGUGCAAAUGAUAACAAAUUAGGGACAGAAAAAAGUAUGGAUAAAGUUACACAACAGGAUGAGAUAGUUAAUGAGACUGAAGAGGAGACAGCAAAGAUAAAUACACAUUCUGAAACAACACAAAGUUCUGGAGAGAGUAACACAGAUAGCCAUGAGAAUAAUCAAGCUUCAAAAAACGAUUUUAUUACUGAUACACAAUCAGAAACUUUGAUUGAAACUAGCGCUGAAAAUGGAACCUGGUCAACUCAAGCCACAGAGUCACAACAUGAGAAGGAAUCACAGAAGUCUUCAGUUUCUAUUGACAGCAGAAGGUAUGAUUGGAAACUUUGUAAUACAACUACCGGAUCAGAGUAUAUUCCUUGCCUUGACAAUUGGCAAGCAAUUAGAAGGCUUCAAAGCAUAAGACACUAUGAGCAUCGUGAGAGACACUGUCCUGAUGAAGCUACCACUUGUCUUGUUUCUCUGCCCGAGGGCUAUAGAAGCCCAAUUAGGUGGCCCAAAAGCAGGGAAAUGAUAUGGUACAAGAAUGCCCCACACACAAAGCUUGUAGAAGUUAAGGGUCAUCAAAACUGGGUUAAAGAUGCUGGUGAAUACCUUACUUUUCCAGGUGGUGGAACUCAAUUUAAACAUGGGGCUCUUCAUUACAUAGAAUUCAUUCAGAAAUCUCUUCCUAAAAUUGCGUGGGGGAAGAGAAGUCGAGUAAUAUUGGAUGUUGGGUGUGGGGUAGCCAGCUUUGGAGGCUAUCUGUUUGAAAAAGACGUGCUGACCAUGUCAUUUGCUCCUAAAGAUGUGCACGAGGCACAAGUACAAUUUGCUCUGGAACGGGGAAUUCCUGCUACACUAGGUGUCAUGGGCACCGUAAGAUUACCCUACCCAGCUUCUGUCUUUGAUCUUGUCCACUGUGCUCGUUGUAGAGUCCCUUGGCAUUUAGAAGGUGGCAGGUUACUCUUAGAGCUUAACCGUGUCUUAAGACCUGGAGGAUACUUUGUAUGGUCUGCUACUCCAGUCUACCAAAAGGAUCCAGAAAGUGUUGAGAUUUGGAAAGCGAUGGGUGAAAUUACAGUGUCAAUGUGCUGGGAUCUGGUGGUAAUUGCAAAGGACAAAUUGAAUGGAGUGGCAGCAGCAAUAUAUAGAAAACCAACUGACAAUGAAUGCUAUAACAACAGAAUAAAAAAUGAGCCACCCAUGUGCAACGAAUCUGAUGAUCCAAAUACAGCCUGGAAUGUAUCACUACAGGCUUGUAUGCACAAAGUGCCCAUUGAUGCAUCAGAGCGUGGAUCAAUCUGGCCUGAGCAGUGGCCACUAAGGUUGGAGAAACCACCUUACUGGAUAAACUCUCAGGCUGGUGUUUAUGGAAGAGCUGCUGCGGUGGAAUUCAUUGCUGACCACAAGCAUUGGAAAAACGUUCUAUUCCGCUCAUAUUUGAAUGGAAUGGGCAUCAAUUGGUCUUCAGUAAGAAAUGUGAUGGACAUGAGAGCUGUUUAUGGAGGGUUUGCUGCAGCACUCAGAACCCUGAAAGUGAAUGUCUGGGUAAUGAAUGUGGUUCCGAUUGAUUCUCCGGACACACUGCCUAUAAUAUAUGAGCGUGGAUUAUUUGGUAUCUAUCAUGAUUGGUGUGAAUCCUUCAAUACAUACCCUAGAUCCUAUGAUCUUCUUCAUGCAGAUUCUAUAUUAUCAACACUUAAGAAAAAGUGCAACAUAGUGGCAGUGAUUGCAGAAGUGGAUAGGAUCCUAAGACCAGAAGGUUAUUUGGUGGUAAGAGACAAUGCUGAAACUAUUGGUGAGAUAGAAAGCAUGGCUAAGUCUCUAAACUGGGAUAUUCGGCUGACAUAUUCAAAAAAUGGGGAGGGAUUACUUUGCAUUCAGAAGACAUUCUGGCGUCCAACAAAGGUUGAAACAAUUGCAUCAGCCAUUGCAUGAUUAGGAUGCUUCACCAUCUUAAUUUCAAAGUUUGAAAUAGCUAUGCGUUUGCUUCUAUGGUUCUAUUGUAGAAGAGUGUCACAUUCACUUCUCUACAUAAUAUUCAUUAUUGUUUAAUGUAAAUUAUACACACGACUUGCUUCGUAGUUCGUUACCACUACGAAGUAGCGUUUCAAGUACGACUUUGUUUUUAUUAGCUUUCUCUUGUUUCCAUAUUGAAAAUGUGCUUUGAACAA